CAGGACACAUACAUUCCAUUAAGUAAAGGCUACCCAAGGUUUGCUCCUCCAGAUUCAUCUUCCACUGUUAGUUGGGGUACACCACUUAAUACUCCAUAUGCUCAACAUUACCAAAAACAACAGACUGUUACAAGACAGGUUCCAGCCAAUAAUGAGCUUUCUGUUAAACAGUUGAGAACAGUUCCUGAGAACUUGCCAUCGCCAUCAGACAGAUACCGCUUGAAGUACCAGCAGUAUGAAAAUGAGAUGAAGAAUAGCUAUAAACAGUACACUAUGAGAGGAAAGGCCAGAGAUACACAGCAUUCUGCAAGACAGGAGACUGGAGCAUCAGGCACAGGAAGGAGAGCCCUGGGGCUGGCAAGGAAUCAGCAGACAGAACCGCCUGAGGAACCAGGUUUUGGCAUCAUAACACCGUUGGAUGAUAAGGUUUACCUUCAGCAGUGCUACACCAGCAAACCGUAUUCGGGACAGCAUAGCCUCAGG